AUGUCCUCCUCCUCCGACUCCACCACCACCCCCGCCAACACAAUCAACCGCGAAAAGUCCUCCUCCCUCGACGUCGGCCACAAAAAAGGCCCCACCGCCCUCUUCUCCGGCAUGCAAGAAUACAAGCGCGACUCGACGACCGCGUCGGAGCAGCGAAGAUCCAGUUUGGAGGAUAUGAGUGCGAAACCGCAGGGAGGCGUGUUGGCGAAUAUGUGGAAUAGUACGUUUAAGGGCGGGAGUGCGAAGUAG